CCCUUAUUUCAGCUAAAAUUUACCAUAUUGUUCAUACCAUGCUUUUUCACAAUUUGUGUUACAAAAUCUUAUUAUUACCUGUCAAAUUAGUAAAUCAGCAGGAAUUAACCCCUCUAUCCCCCCUUCAAGCUCGUAGUUGCAAAAAAAAGAGAACAAAGCAACGAAAGCAAAGGAAGAUCCAUGUCGGACCCAUACGAGAAAGUGAAAGGAGGUCGGUUAACCUUCAAGGGAGGCGCAGUAGCCAGCCGCAGCAAAGCAAUCGACAAGAAGAAGAAGAAAAAGAAGAACAAGUCCACCGAUGACGUCGUUUCCGACGAGCCCUUGACCGGUGACGCCGCCGUUGCCGCUACUGAACAAGAUACCGACGCCGCUCCCGAUGAUACUUAUACGAUUGACGCCGCUAAGCGUAGGAAAUACGAUGAAUUGUUCCCUGUCGAGGCUAAGAAAUUCGGGUACGGCCCGAAUGCAAAAGUCAAGUCCGUUGAGGAUGCCCUUGAUGACCGGGUCAAGAAGAAAGCUGACCGUUACUGCAAAUGAAUCCCUAUCUUUUUAGGUAUCGUCUAUCAAUCCUUGUAAUUUUACUGUUUCGGGUUCAAAUUAUCCUAUGAUGUUAGCUUACCUCGGGGCUUACUAUAAUUUGACAUUAGAGUUUGGCCCCAGCUUUAUGCCCUGUAACAGUGGAAUCUUCUUGUGGAACACUAUGAGUAUCGUUGCCUUUAUUGAUUAUCUAAUUUUUCCCUAAGAAGUAAAUUUCAUUUUGGCACGACAUGAUCAGUCGCCAAUUUUCAAUAUCUUGUUAAGGAGAAUCACUCUAAAUAGAAAUUUGAUUUUUUACUA